CCUCGUGCCUUUCAUUUAUUACUCAACAUCGUCUCGCGGACAAGCCACCUAUUUAUUAAAUCAAAAGUUCUUGUCUACUCCACCACCACCGGGAAAAAAGAAAAAGAAAGAAGAAAUAUAGUCAUGUCGAGAUCAGCAAUGGAACUAGACUUUUUUGGCAUGGAAAAGAAGUUAUCUCCUCCUCCUAAGCCUUCCAGUUUCGAACGCAGAAGAAGCUUUCGAGAUAUACAAGGAGUUGUUUCUAAGAUCAAUCCAGAGGUUCUGAAAACUGUGAUUGCAAAUGGUUCCUUCGGUCUGAAUAAAUCGGGUUCUGUUCCUUGUACGCCAAAGGAAGAUACUGCCUUUCCUUCAUUGCCACUUCAUGAUUCUACCGUUAGGCAAAAUUGUGAUCCUAAAAAAGGUACUGAAACUGCUCCCAUGACGAUUUUCUACAAUGGGAUGGUCGCUGUUUUUGAUGUUUCUCCAGAUAAGGCGCAGGAUAUUCUCCUACUUGCUGAGGAAGAAGUUAAAAAACCUGCUGAAUCCUCAGAUUCUAAAGUGACAUCUGACCAAAAGAAUAUACUGGGAACCCUUAAUGGAGAUUUUCCUAUAGCAAGGAGGCAGUCGUUGCAGAGGUUUCUAGAGAAGAGAAAGGAGAGGUUGGUAUAAUGUAGUUAUUGUAAUAGGGUACUAGGAAGACUUCAAU